CGCCCCUGCGUUCGGUCUAUUUGCAUAUCCGGCGGGAACGCCCCUCCUGGAGGUGCCCAGGAAGAAGAAGGAGGAGCAGCGCUGCUGGAGCAGGAGGAAGGAGAGGCAGAGGUUUUGGCGCCAAGCAGUUAAAACUGAAAAAUGAGAAGAUUUUUGAGGUCUGGGCAUGAUCCAAUAAGAGAGAGGCUCAAGCGUGAUCUUUUCCAGUUUAACAAGACUGUUGAACAUGGCUUUCCGCACCAACCCAGUGCUCUGGGAUACAGCUCUUUCCUUCAUCUUAUGGCUAUCGGGACCCGGUCAGGAGCCAUCAAACUCUAUGGAGCUCCAGGGGUAGAGUUCAUGGGCUUACAUGAAGAGACCAACACUGUUAUGCAAUUACAUUUCAUUCCUGGCCAGUGCCGUUUAGUGACGCUGCUGGAUGACAACAGUUUGCACUUAUGGACCCUGAAGCAGUCCAAUAACAGUGCAUCUGAGCUACAGGAGGAAAGGCACUUCACCCUCCGAGGACCCCCUGGUUCUCCACCAAGUGCUACCCAGGUGACUGCAGUCCUCGCACAUUCCUCGCAAGAACUUCUGUACCUCGGCACUGAGAGUGGCAGUGUCUUUGUGGUGGAGAUCCCAUCCUUCAGAGUGCUAGAAGACCAGACCAUCAGUCCUGAGGUUGUGCUCCAACGCAUACCAGAAGAUUAUCGAAACAGACGGUCACUUGAAUUAGUAGAAGCCUUACGGGAACAUCCCCGGAACCCCAACCAUAUCUUAAUCGGAUACAGCAGAGGUCUCAUCGUUCUCUGGGACUUGAUAAAUAACAAAGCAACCCAUCAUUUCCUUGGCAGUCAGCAACUGGAAAACCUCUUCUGGCAGAGGAAUGGCCAUCAGAUCAUCAGCUGCCAUAAUGACGGGAGUUAUACCCAGUGGCCGGUUUCAAAUGAUGACAGGCAGCCUGAGCCUCUAGAAAGCAAAGUGCCUUAUGGUCCUUUUCCAUGCAAGGCUAUCUCCAAGAUUUACUGGCAAACGACAAAGAAUGGGCUUCCAUACAUUAUAUUUCAAGGAGGGAUGCCACGGGCAAGUUACGGUGACCGGCAUAGCAUUUCAGUUGUUUAUGGCAAUAGGCAAACAGCCUUUGACUUCACAUCACGGGUGAUAGAUUUCUUUGUCAUUGCCACUGCAGAUCCAUUUGCAGAAUUUGAUGACCCAUCUGCAAUGGUGGUCUUAGCAGAAGAAGAACUGGUAGUAAUAGAUCUGAUGUCACCAGGCUGGCCAUCAGUCCAACCUCCAUAUCUUGCGUCUCUCCACUGCUCGGCCAUCACAUGUUCUCACCAUGUCUCCAACAUCCCUCUAAAGUUGUGGGAAAGAAUAAUCAGUGCUGGGAAUAAACAGAACUCCCAAUUCUCUAAUAUGUUGUGGCCAAUUGAUGGAGGCUUCAGCAAGGCUCCAGAUCCUCCCCAGCGGGACCUGCUGCUUACAGGGCAUGAGGAUGGCACAGUGCGAUUCUGGAAUGCUUCUGGUGUUUGUCUGAAUUUGCUGUAUAAGCUGAGCACAGUGAAGGUGUUCCUAACAGAUGCUGAUCCCAAUGAUAAUAUGAACCAGUUGGGGGAGGAUGAAUGGCCGCCACUGCGCAAGGUUGGCUCCUUUGAUCCAUACAGUGAUGAUCCCAGACUUGGAAUCCAGAAGAUCUUCCUGUGCAAAUACAGUGGCUACUUGGCUGUAGCAGGAACAGCAGGGCAGGUACUUGUAAUGGAGCUAAAUGAUGAGGAAGCAGAUCAGGUAAUCGACCGUGCAGAAGCUGAUCUCCUCCAGGAUCAGGAAGGUUAUAAGUGGAAGGGUCAUGAACGACUGAAAACUAGAGAUGGACCUGUUCGAUUUGAGCCUGGCUUCCAGCCAUUUGUCUUGGUCCAGUGCCAACCCCCAGCUGUAGUCACAUCACUGGCCCUUCACUCAGAAUGGAAACUUGUUGCCUUUGGUACAAGCCAUGGCUUUGGUCUCUUUGAUCAUCAGCAGAAGCAACUAGUCUUUGUCAAGUGCACCCUGCAUCCCAGUGACCAGUUGGCCUUGGAGGGCCCUCUCUCUAGGGUAAAAUCCUUGAAGAAAUCUCUCCGUCAGUCCUUCCGACGGAUGCGGCGGAGCAGGGUAUCAACCAGAAAGCUGCGAACUGCUGAGGUACAGGAGGGAAUUUCCAGACACGACCACGAUGCAUUGCAGGAGAUAGAACUGGCUCCCGUCCAACGGAAGAUUGAAGCGCGGUCAGCAGAGGACUCCUUCACUGGUUUUGUGCGCACAUUAUACUUUGCUGACACCUUCUUAAGAGACAGUUCCCGGCACAGUCCAUCCUUGUGGGCAGGUACAAAUGGGGGUACAGUAUAUGCCUUCUGUCUGCGUGUUCCUCCAGCUGAGAAAAGAAUGGAUGAGCCAGUCAGAGCAGAGCAGGCCAAAGAGAUCCAGCUCAUGCACAGAGCUCCUGUUGUCGGCAUUGUUGUUCUGGAUGGCCAGAGCAUUCCACUUCCAGAACCCCUGGAAGUAGCACAUGACCUUUCCAAGAGUCCCAACAUGCAAGGUAGCCAUCAACUUCUCGUGGUGUCUGAGGAACAAUUUAAGGUUUUCACAUUGCCUAAGGUCAGCUCCAAACUGAAGCUCAAACUAACAGCCCUAGAAGGUUGCAGAGUGCGGAAAGUGUCUGUCGCUAACUUUGCUAGCUGUAAGACUGAAUACAAUGAGAAUGCUCUGGCUGUUCUGACAAACCUGGGAGACAUCCAGAUUAUCUCCCUGCCUUCACUCAAAAUCCAAGUGCGUUAUCCCUGUAUCCGCAAAGAGGAUGUGAGCGGCAUUGCCUCCUGUGUGUUCACAAGAUAUGGGCAAGGGUUCUACCUCAUUUCCCCAUCAGAGUUUGAGAGAUUUUCCCUUUCCCCAAAGUGGCUGGUUGAACCACGAUGUCUGAUAAAUGCCCCUGAGAGCAAAAGCAAUAGCCGUGUUCACAGCUCAUCUGCCAUGGAAAAUUCUUCAAGGAAAUCUAACAAGGAGUCAGGGUGGAGUUCUGAUGAUCUGCAUGAAGAAGAGAAGACGCGUGGCAGGUUGAUGGAACAUGCUCUGCUCAAUGACGAGAAUGUUCUGAAGGAAAUACAAAGCACACUGGAGAGUGGAAGGGGCAGUUACAUUGACAGAAAUUCACAAAAGAUCCAAGUAGGACACAGAAUAAGUAAUGGAGGAGCAGAGUGAUUGUGCUCUGGCCAUGUUGCUGUGAUACCUGUCAUUUGGAAAGGGUGCCAUAACACUACUGACUGUGGGUCCAGUGUCCGUGGGGGAGAGGCCUCCACUGACUGUGGCCUUGCAAUAUAUUACAGGGCUAAGUCUUGCUUGGCCACUCUGCACUCCAGGUCCUCCUCAUCUUCGCAGUGCCUCGUCCAAAGCCCUCCUGGCUCUUGAGUCUGGAACGAUUCCUUGGCCUCUUUUCCUUCAUGCCUCUGGAUAUUAUGUUCUUUUUGCAAUUCCUCAAAUAUUUGCACAAUUUUUUUUGGAAAGAUUUCUACUGGGAUGGGUUUUAAAUUAUAAAUAUUGCUGCCUCUCAAGCAGAUUUUUUUUAAUAUUGUUACCUCUGAUUAAGAUUAUUUUUUGUACAUUUUUUAAAAAUUGUCUUGGGUGUUAAUAGAGGCAUAUUUUAGAAGGUUUUUUUUUUAAAUCUUGAAUGAAAUAAUAUAUGUAACUUUAGAUCCCUGUGGCUGCUGUAAUUUUUUUCUAUGAGGAAAUUGCAAGAUUUUGAUCUUUUUACAGUACUGUUAAGUGGCAGACUUGAGUACAAUCUUUAUUUUUGUAGCUGUUCAAAUUGUGGGGAAAUAAUCAAACUUAACUUGAUUUUUGUGUGGACACUACAUUGAUCUGUCUUAAAUAAAGCAAUACCUUUACUUGUU